ACCACAGUGCAAGAACCUCACUAGCAGGUCCAUCACCCCCUUCCACGUCGAAGCCACAGUUGCCUAGUGCUCCGAGUAGGAAUCUUUGCGGCAAGGGUUAUAUUCAUGCGCCACAGACCAUGAACUCUUCUGGGAACGAUAACUGGCACCCCGGUGGCCCGCCAGCGCACCCGGGGAUGGAUCAGAUGAACCAACAACCUCGCCCCUUGGGCUCAUUUAGUCAAAACCCACCGCCUCAGCAAGGCCCGUCUACGCAGCCCACCGGACCGGUUCUCCCACCCCCAGCUGGUCCCUACCAUCCUGCGAACCAACCAGGAGGGCAUUCCCUUCCCGGACUGGCGGAACUGAGCCAGAGCCACGCUGGUCCACAUCAGCCUUCCGCCUAUGGGCAACACCCCGCCGCUCCUGGUCAUAAUGCUGGUCACUCACUCCCGGGCAUCGGGCAAGCCAUGCAACAUCCCUCCCCCCAGUCUAUCAACCGUGAACGCGAGCGAGACUCUAGAGAACGGGAGCUGAUUGAGAGACAGCGCCAGGAGGAGAUGGUCCACAGGGAGCGCGAACAGCGCGAACGCGAGCAAAUUGAACGACAGCAGCUAGAACGACAGCGUGAGCAACAACAUCACCCAGUACAGAGUCACACGGGGUCAAUCCCUAUCCACCAGCCAGUAGCAUCCAAAGUACCGAAUUCCAUCCACGGGCCCAACGGGCUCCUGUCUAACCUCGGGUCGAACCCCGCAAAUGGCCCGCAAGGGUCUAUGCCCACACCUGGAGGACCUGGUGGGAUCUACGGCCCGCAGAUGCAGCAUGGUGAAAGUACGCCCAGAUCAUACAUCCAACAUCCGGCUGGGCCGCCAGGCCAGGCCAUGAUGGGGUUCAAUGGUUCUGGCCCUCAGAUUCCGGGGAAUGUGGCCGCACUUGCUCAGGGUCAGCAACCAAUUCUGAACGAUGCUCUCAGCUAUUUAGACCAGGUCAAGGUCCGCUUUGUCGACCAACCUGAUGUAUACAAUCGGUUUCUAGAUAUUAUGAAAGACUUCAAGAGUCAGGCGAUUGAUACGCCUGGAGUAAUUCAACGCGUCUCUACGCUAUUCAACGGGCAUCCCGCUCUCAUCCAAGGGUUCAACACUUUCCUGCCUCCUGGAUAUCGGAUCGAGUGCGGAACAGAGGACAAUCCGGAUGCCAUUCGAGUGACCACUCCCUCAGGUACCAAUACCUUGAGCAUGCCCCGUGCUAGACACUCUCUGGAUUCUUCCGGGGAGCUUGGUCCGUCCGGUGGGAUGGGUCCUCAUGGGCGUCCUGAAUACUUUGACCAGGCUCGACCUGGGUGGCAACAGCCCCAGCCCCAGCCCCAGCCCCAGCAGCAGCAAGGGAACCUCCCUGGGUCAUAUUCUCCUGGCUCCCGCAUGAUGGGACCAAGUAUGUUCGGCCAGCAAGCUGGUCAGAAUCAGACUCAAGACCACCACUUUGACUACCCAACCCAGCAAGAGCAGCAAGCCGCUGCAGGAGCUGCCGCCAUGGCCCAUCAGCAAGAUCAACGAGGCGUUUCUCAACUUCAGGGUGCCGCAUCUGCUGCCUCUGCGGGUCUCACACGUCCUUCUCUCUUGCAGGUAUCAGCAGCGUCCGGACAGGGUCCUAGUUUGACUCAGCCUAUGAACAGUUUAGCGGGCGUGGGCACUGGCAUGCUUCAAGGCUCGCAGGAUUUGACCAAACGGGGACCGGUGGAGUUCAACCAUGCGAUUAGCUACGUCAACAAGAUCAAGAACCGAUUUGCAAGUGCUCCUGAGAUUUACAAACAGUUCCUUGAGAUUCUGCAGACCUAUCAACGCGAGUCAAAGCCAAUUGGGGAUGUAUAUGCUCAGGUCACUCAGCUAUUCAAUACGGCCCCCGAUCUGCUGGAGGACUUCAAGCAGUUUCUGCCCGAAUCGGCAGCGCAUGCAAAGCAGCAAGCCGCAGCUCGCCAGGCAGAAGAAGCAGCUCCUAUGAGCAAUGUUCGCGGCGAGCCGAGCUAUCCGAGUGCCAACGCUCUUCCUUCUCAGACGCCGAACCGCGACGUAAAGAUGCCCCCAUUAGGUCAGUUCAACGUCAAGGACUCUGCCAAGGACGGUAAGAAACGUCGCGGUGGGCCAGGAGCGCCGUCUUCCCUCGGCCCUUCGAUGUCCGGCCCUUCUGCUACUGAUGCGGCGCGUAUGGGGGAUGUGCAGGUUAGGUCCUCGGCUCUUCAGACUGGUAAUGCCAACAAGAGGGCCAAAGUCCAUCAUACAAAGCCUUCUCAGGCGGAAGUCCCCACGGUCUCUCCCACACUGGUUCCCGCUUUACCGGAGCCGAUUCAGCCGACCUUCUCCCUGACACCCACUCAGGAGGAAUUCGCUUUCUUUGAUCGGGUCAAGAAGUAUAUUGGAAACAAGCAGACCUUUAGCGAGUUCCUUAAGCUUUGUAAUCUGUACUCUACAGAUCUCAUUGACAGGCACGUUCUGGUGAAAAGGGCGGCGAGCUACAUUGGUUCCAAUCCGGAGCUCAUGGCGUGGUUCAAGCGCUUCAUGCAUGUUGACGAGCCCGAAGACAAGAUCAUCGACGUCAAGGCGAAGCAACAAGAGUCCGGGCUUGUCAAUCUGUCUCAUUGCCGGUCCCUUGGGCCUAGUUAUCGUCUGCUGCCGAAGCGUGAGCGACAGAAGCCCUGCAGCGGCCGUGAUCAGCUGUGCUACAGUGUUCUUAAUGACGAAUGGGCGUCCCAUCCUACCUGGGCUUCGGAGGACUCUGGAUUCGUCGCACAUCGUAAGAACCAGUUUGAGGAUGCCCUGCACCGCAUUGAAGAGGAUAGACAUGACUAUGACCACCAUAUUGAGGCAUGCACGCGCACUAUCCAGCUUAUCGAGCCUAUUGUACAGCAGUUCUUGGUCAUGUCUGAGGGAGAGUGUGUUGCGUUCAAACUUCCGCCCGGCCUUGGUGGGCAGAGCGAGGCCAUUUACCAGCGGGUCAUCAAAAAGAUUUACGACAGAACGCGCGGCGAAAAGAUCAUCAAAGAGAUGUUUGAGCGACCGACCCAUGUCUUGCCCAUUGUUCUUUUCCGUCUGAAGCAAAAGUGUGAAGAAUGGAAGGCUAGUCAGCGUGAGUGGGAUAAGAUCUGGCGCGAGCAGAUGCAGAAAGCAUACUGGCGUAGUCUGGACCACCAGGCGAUCGCCAGCAAAGCAAUCGACAAGAAGCUAUUCGUGGCGAAGCAUAUCCAGACAGAGAUUCAGAAUAAGUUCGAAGAGAGCAGGAACCUGCGCAAGAGUGGCUACCAAACCGCCAAGCAUCAGUUCGAGUUCACCUUUGACGACCCGGCUGUUAUCAUUGACGCCACCCACUUGCUGCUCACCUUCAUUGACCGUAACUCUGCUGGAUUUGGCGCCGACCCACAGAAGGUCAUGACAUUUAUCAAGGACUUCAUCCCCGUCUUCUUUGGCAUGGACCGUGAUACUUUCCACGUGUACAUGAACGAACUCUCUCGUGGAACAUCACCGAUGGAUGAAGGCGAUGAUGAGAGUUUGGUCGCCGAGGAGUCAUCGACCCCGCGCAGUCGAAAGGGCAUCAAUGGUAAGAAGAUCGACCUCCUUCGCGACGUUCUAGAGCGUCGCAGCGAGAAAGUACGUCGUGGCGACAAGGAAGGCAGUACACCCGCCAGCCGUGAUGGCACUCCGGAUGCUGUCCUAAUCCCGUCAACUCCGAUUCCUGACCCGACCGAGCCUUUCGAUGUGGCGGAACUGAAAUGGAUGGAGCAUCCUGGGCAGGGCAACUUCAACCAACAUCGGGAGUACAACCUGAACGAGACGUACGAGAAGAAAGCCCAUCACCUGUACGCCAACCUGAACAUCUACUGCUUCUUCCGUACCUUCGAGAUCCUCUACUCGCGUCUGUUGCGCAUCAAACUUCAUGAGAAGGAUGCGCAUGACGAUGUGCGCCGUGCGAUGGUGACCAAACCGGCGCAGGAGCUUAACCUGAUUGACAAGUUCCCUACGGACUUUUUCUACGACUGCGACUCCAAAGCGAACCUCUACCAGCAGAUCGUGCGCAUGUGCGAAGAGGUCAUCAAAGGAGAUAUGGAACCCUCCCACCUGGAAGAGACCCUCCGUCGCUAUUACUUGCGAAGCGGCUACCAAUUGUACAAUCUGGAGAAGAUGUUUGCGGGCAUCUCCAAGUUUGCCGGGGCGAUCUUCAACGGGGACUCGAAGGACCGCAGCUCGGACAUCAUCAACCAGUUCUUUAAGGAGCGGGACAAGGAGGAGACCACGCACAACCAAGAGAUCCAGUACCGUAAGCAGGUGGAACGGCUGGUUAAAGACGGUGAUAUUUAUCGCAUUACCUAUAGUCCUGGCACAAAGAAGACGGCAGUGCAGCUCUUGACACCCGAGGAUGCCACGUUGGAGAAUGAGGAGCUGAGCCAAGAGGCGCGCUGGUCGUACUAUGUCUCUGCGUACACGAUGCGGGAUCCGACUGAGGGGGUGCCGUUCUCCCAGAUGCGCAUGCCUUUCCUAAAGCGCAACCUUCCGGCCAAGCUUGAGCAGGAGGAAGAAUACAACCGCUAUUACCGGCCGCUGGUACACCAGGAUGGGUUGAUUAUUCGCAUCUGCGCCAACAGCUAUCACAUCCUGUACGAACCGAGCAGCUACGACUGGUGGUGGCGGCCGACUGCGCCGGCGGAGGACGCGGCGGAGGACGCUGCCAAGGAAGAAGCGGCGGUCAAGGAGCGACGCCGGGACCGAUUUACGGAGAAGUUUGUCAACAACCCACACUGGGCACACGGUCUCAGCAAGGAUCAAGUGGAUGAGUCGAACCAACGAUUCCGCUCCUGGAUCAAGGGCCCCGAAGGCGACAGCGGUACCGCAGCGGCCGAAAACUCCGGAACGGACUCGAAGGGCGACAAGGAAGACAGCGAGAUGGCCGACGUGGAAGCGCCCGCGGCCGAGUCGAAAGAGCAGUGAGGGCAUAUCUGCUGCAGCGAGUGUCUGCUU